AGCCGCUGGCGGGCGGGCGGGCGCGCGCGGGGUCGCGGGGGGUGCCGCCCAGCUUCGUUAUCCCGGGUCCCCGCGGCGCAGGGCCACGCUCACAGCCCGAGCGGCACCAUGAAGUCGCUAAAGAAGGAAUCCCGCCUCAGAAUCCCUCCAAACAGAUUGUUGGAGGCCGCCGAGAAUAUGAAAGAUAAGAAGCGGGCAAAGGUAACUGAGCAGCUCACGCCCCCCAUUCAGGAAGAACCUGAGCCUGUUAGCAAUGUCCUACAAGGAGAUGACAUCCUUGCCUUGGCCAUCAAGAAGGAAGACUUGAGGAAGCAACACAUUCCUCGCCUUAUUGAAACAGAAGAUAAACCUGUCAUUACCCAGAAGUUUAUCAUCCGUAAACUCAAACCCAAGGAUUCUAGGAAGACGAUCUGCCACCUAGUAGCACAUCCUGCUACUCCAGAUGCAGCCACAAAGCCGCUGGACUACUCUGGUCCAGGUGACAGCUUCCAUGGCAGUGACCAGAUCCUGCCCCACCACAUCCUGGGGAGUCUCGAGGACUUUAAGAGAAUUGCAGUUUCUCGAGGGAACAUCCAGCUGGCUGAGCUGAUACAUACCCCACCCUCUCUGAUGACCCUCAUCUCAGCUAAAGACGAGCCGAAGCAGAAAGCCCCCAAAGAAAAGAAGGCACAUCUCUGGGCGCCCCCUCCUCAGCACAACUUUCUGAAAAACUGGCAGCGCAACAUAGCCCUGAGAAGGAAGCAGCAGGAAGCGCUCAGCGAACGCCUGAAGAAGCCAGUGGGCGAGCUGCUGAUGCACACUGGGGAGACCUAUAGACAGAUCCAGGAGGAGCGAGAGCUCAUUAACCGAUUGCUACCAACACAACAUGAUGGGAAGGGCCAUCAGGAGACCAGUGGGUUCUGGAGUCCACUGGAGUACCUGGGAGAUGACAUGACGGGUCUGGUAAUGACGAAGACAAAAACUCAGCGUGGCCUCAUGGAACCAGUCAUGCACAUCAGGAAGCCCCAGUCCAUCCAGGCAGAGAUGGGAUUGCCGGCUCAGAAGAAUACCUGGUACCGCUACACCUGGGAUCGGAGUCUGUUUCUCAUCUACCGACGCAAGGAGCUGCAGAGCCUCAUGGCAGAGCUGAAUUUCAGCCAGCAGGAUAUUGAUGGCCUGGAGGUAGUGGGCAGAGGGCAGCCUUUCUCGACUGUUACAGUGGAAGACUAUCCAGUGUUUGAAAGGAGCCAGGAAAGCUCCUCUGAAGACACAGUGCCCCUAGACGACUUAGCCAGUUACCCUGAUGUGGUCCCCAUGCCUAUUCUCGGCCCCUCUCUGCUGUUCUGUGGGAAGCCAGCGUGCUGGGUCAGAGGCAGGAACCCACAAGACAAGAAGCAUGUCGGAAUUGCUGUCCGCAUGACCUUUGAAACUCUAGAAGGGGAGAAAACAUCUUCGGAACUAACUGUGGUCAAUAAUGGCACUGUGGCCAUUUGGUACGACUGGCGGCGGUGGUCCCAGCCAAACUCUUUCCAAGACCUGAAGAGAAAGAGGAUGCAGCGGUUUUACUUUGACAAUCGGGAAGGUGUGAUUCUGCCUGGAGAAACUAAAAACUUCACCUUCUUCUUCAAGUCUCUGAACGCCGGGAUCUUCAGGGAAUGUUGGGAGUUUGGAACCCACCCCACUCUGUUGGGAGGUGCUCUUCUGCAGGUCAAUCUCCACGCCGUCUCCCUGGCCCAGGACAUUUUUAAGGAUGAGAGGAAGUCACUGGAGGACAAGCUGGCUGCCCAUGAAGCAGUCACCAUCGUGGAGAGCGUGUUGCAGGAGCUGCUGAGGGGGAUCCAGACCCCGGAGCGUGCGCAGUCACCUGUGGACACCUAUCUCACUGAGGAGGACUUGUUCUCCCAUAGGAAUCCUCGGCUGCACUACCAGCACCAAGUGGUACAAAACCUGCACCAGCUGUGGCGCCAGUACAUGAUCUCGCCUUCCAAGGCCAAGGAGGCCAGGAGCGAGGAGGAGCACCUCAGCCCCAAGGCCCGGGCUGCCAUGGCCCAGUCAGCCUAUUUGGAGAAGCCCUCACUGAAUGUCGAGUCUUCAGUGAACUUUAAGACCCCAGUCUUGGAAUCCCAACAGCCCUGGCAGGAGGACUCCCGAGAUUUUUUCAGGUCCCAGAAGACCGGACUGGAGGCCAGGAAUUUUCCACGGAAGAGCAUCAUGGAGGAGCUCCUGGUAGAGGGGAGCCCAGACCUGGAGAGCGCCAAGAGCCCGUGGGAGCUGGAUGGCUUUCCCCGAGUUGAGUGGAACCUCUGCUUGGAGGACUUCAGAAAGGUGGUGAUGGCACUCCCUGAGGAGAACCAGAGAGAAGAUGCCCUAAUCGGGCUCAACAAAGCAGCCCUGGAGCUGUGCCAGGAACAGAGGCCGCUGCAGUCUGACUUCUUGUACCAGAUGUGUUUGCAGCUGUGGCGGGAUGUGAUUGACAGCCUGGUGAGCCAUUCCCUGUGGCUGAGGGCUCUGCUGGGCCUGCCUGAGAAGGAGACCACCUAUUUGGACGUACCAGAUGAGCAAGAUUGGAAAUCACCUCCUGUCAUGGAGGUGAAGGUGGCUGCCGGGAGAGUUGGGAAGGAGGACCGGAAAGCAGCAGCCCAGGAAAAGAAGCAGUUGGGAAUCAAAGACAAAGAGGAUAAAAAAGGAGCCAAGCUGCCGGGGAAAGAGGACCGGUUAAACAGCAAGAAGCACAAGGCAAAGGAUGACAAGAAACCGAUAAAAUCUUUAAGUCGGGACAGGUUUUCCUUGGAAGACCCUGCCCCUGACAGCACCACCCAUUCUCAUGAGCCCAUCGAUCCCCUGGUCAUGGAGAAAUACACCCAGAGGCUGCACACCGAGGUCUACGGGCUGCUGGACACCCUGGUGACCGACCUGAUGAUCCUGGCUGACGAGCUCAGCCCCAUGAAGAAUGUCGGGGAGCUUUUCCUCUGUGAACCUGACCCGUGUGCCCGAGCGGCCUUCUGUGAAACUGGUUAACAAACAAAUCAAUAAAGAACUUUUAUCUUCCUACCACUUCUGUUAUGCCUCCAUGUCUUGAAUGUCAAAUCUUGAUGAGGUCCUCGCGUGUCCCACCUGCCCUCAGCUUCCUCUCCUCCCAGUUCCUGGAGCCGUCUAACAGGAGGAGAGAGAAACGCAGCUGGGAGGUGAUGUGUGGGAUGAUGAUUGGAAGAGCAAGUUGGUAGCAGGACAAGGUAUGAAUCAGGUGAUGGGACAGACAGCGUCACCCCUUGUGGUCCCUGCCUCUGACCUUCCUUGGCC